CACGCACGUCUGCGCAAAAGCCGGUAGGCGAUUAGUGACAGACGAUAUUUUGUACCGCUCAUACCAUCAUAGCAACCCGUUGGUGGUAACCGUUGUUUGGAUAGUGCGCUGGGCGAUGUACCAUGGCGUUUGCAGGCAAUAUUCAGACGGGCCGGAAAAACUGUGCUUCAACACAGUUUCCAUUCAAAUUUAGUGCAGAACAAGCGGCUGAGCUCGUGGAGGACAGUAAUGAGGAUGCAUUCUGUACGGAGUAUGAUAACAAUUUUGUGCCUUUCAACAAUUACACCAAACCAGUGCUGCGGCGGGAUCAGCUGAGAGAGGUGUACAAGGAAAAGUUGUCGCGAAUUUUGACGAAAAAUGCGAACGAACAACUGGAAACCAUCCACCGGCAGGAGGAGGAGCGGAAACAGCUGAGAAAACGGAAGAAUUAUUAUAUGGCAAAGGAAACUGGGCAGGAUCCGCAGUACAGUCUGCAGCGAACGGAUGAUGUGGUAACGUUCUGGAGCUACCGUGGCCGGCGGAAUGCUAAUCAUCGCCGCAAUAACGAUUUCACUAAACCGCAGGAGGAUAAAUUGGAUGUGCAGUUUGAAUAAAUUGCAGGCGCUUUGAUGUGCAUUUCAUUGCCUUGCUUGCUUUGCUUCUUUAUUGCAUAUUAUUACAAACUCGUCAGGAUCUAAGCUUUCUCGUCCGAGGCCUGGGUGGCACCCGACGCAACCGACUGGCCAUCGUCGACUGGUGCAUCCUGGCACGAUAGCGACGGGAACUUCUGGUACAGGGCAGCGCGAUACUUCGGAUGGCUGAUGCCGUACACGAUCGGGUUGUAGACGGCGUUGGCCUUGGCGAACAGCGAGCCCCAGAUGGUAGCCAGCGGGCUGAUCGGGGCAGCCUUGAAGAUUCCGGUGAAGUUGAUGACCAGAUACGGCGUCCAGGCCAUGAACCAGAGCGAGAUGGUGACCAGGGCGACCUUGGCCAGCUU